AUGGCGAUCGCUGCAGUCGGACAGAUCUGCUCGACCGCCUCUAUGGCGCACAAUCUGGAGCAGUGCCGGAAUCUGAUGAAGAAUGCUGCAGAGAAGGGCGCAAAGGUCAUCUUCUUCCCGGAAGCGGCUGACUAUAUCGCAUCCUCACCAGAGGAAUCCCUCUCCCUGGCCAGGACCGAGGCCGAGUCUCCCUUCGUGCAAAGCCUUCAGGCGGCUGCUCAGCAGUACAACAUAGACGUCCACGUUGGCAUCCACGUGCCCGUUCCCGUCCAGCCAUCGUCAUCACCAGCUGGCGAGACCAGCGCUGUGGCCACCAACCUCGCCACCGCCACGACGACGACGACGACGACGGCGACGACAACGACGAAACUGCUCAACCGUACCAUCUGGAUCUCCUCCUCGGGCGGCAUCGACUCCUCCUAUAGCUACGACAAGAUCCACCUCUUCGACUUUGGCGCCCUCCGCGAGUCGAAGCACACCCAGGCCGGCACGUCUCUCACCCCGCCCUUCGACAGCCCCGUGGGCCGCAUCGGCAGCCUCAUCUGUUUCGACCUGCGGUUCCCGGAGCCUGCACUUGCGCUCGCCCACCCACCAUCAUCAUCACCAUCAUCGCCCGGCCGAGGUUGGCUGCCCGCCCAUGUCCUAACAUACCCGUCCGCCUUCACUGUCCCCACCGGCCAGGCCCACUGGGAGUCACUCCUCAGGGCGAGGGCCAUCGAGAGCCAGUGCUGGGUCGUGGCCGCGGCGCAGGUCGGCUGGCACUCUGGAGAACAGGGGAGAGGGAGGGUGAGUUAUGGGCGGAGCAUGGUGGUGGACCCCUGGGGGAGGGUGAAGCUCGCACUGCCGUGUGUGAAGGAGGAGGAGAAGACGGGGAUGGUCAUGGAACAGGACGCGAUAGGUGCGCUGGGACUAGUGAAUAUUGAUCUAGCGGAGUGGGAGGGUGUGAGGCAGAGGAUGCCGCUGAUUCGGAGGUCGUGA